AUGUCCGACUUAAACAUGAUCAAGCUCGACUGCCUUCAGGCACUGAAGAGAGAAACAUCACCAGCCAAGCUUGAGGCCGCCCUGAACGCCGGCGUUGGUCUUCUAGCAGAUAUCCAGAAAGCUUUUGCGGAUGCAAGCACUGUUCCGGAAAUCGCUAAAUGGUGCAAGUCCAUCCAAGAUCUACAGGCGCAGUCCUGCAAACAACGGACCGUGGUUGGCGUGGUCGGCAGCACGGGCGCUGGUAAGAGUUCGGUUAUCAACGCCGUUCUCAACCAAGAAAGCUUGGUGCCUACGAACGGUAUGCGAGCAUGCACCGCGACCAUUACGGAGAUUCAAUACAAUGAUGCGGACGACAGUCAAGAAUCUUUCCGUGGGGAGGUUCAUUUCGUCACGGAGGACGACUGGAUGAAAGAGCUACACAUUCUCCUCGAUGACUUGCAAGCGCCUGGCGACAAUAGGUCAGGAGAUAGCAGCACCGGAGCGGAAUUCUUUGGUAGCGAAUCCGCCGCCGCUGUUGCAUAUGACAAAAUUAGAUGCGUUUACCCCCAUUUGCUCAGGGACGAUAUCUUGAAGCGCAAGUUCACUCCACAGGGUUUAGCUCAGGAUCCCUCAGUUUCCGGUGUGUUAGGCACUGUAAAAGAAGUCCGAGCCUGGACUAUCAAGGAGUUCAACGAGCAACUUCAAGUCUACAUCGACUCUAAGGAGAAGACUAAGGGCCGACAAAAGGACUCAGACAGAACCACCGAAUUCUGGCCUCUCAUCAAGGUCGUUCGUUUGUUCGUCAAAUCCAAGGUUCUUGAACCAGGUCUUGUCCUGGUCGAUCUUCCGGGUAUUCAUGAUUCAAACGCAGCCCGCUCAACCAUUGCGUCCAAGUACAUCGAGGAAUGCACUGGCUUGUGGAUCAUUGCUCCGAUUACUCGUGCCGUUGACGACAAGGCAGCUCAGACACUUCUCGGCUCUUCGUUCAGGCGCCAGCUCCAAUUUGAUGGAACAUACUCUGCACUGACAGUGGUUUGCUCCAAGUCAGAUGAUGUGUCUGUCACCGAGUUUCUGCGCACCAUGCCCGAAAGUCAUAAAGUCCACUCAGACUUUGCGACUUUGCAGGUGCUCCAAGGGAACGAAGAGCAGUUGAAACAAGAGCUGUUGCCCAUCAAGAACCUGCUAGAUAAUAUCAGGGCUUCUUUGAAGAUUUGUGAGGAUAGCAUGGAGUUUCUAGAGACGGCUAUGGAAUCUGCCGAGGACGACCAAGUUUUUGUGAAGACACGACUGUCCGUCGCUUCAAAGCGGAAACCUAAAGACACUGAUUUCGAUGCAAGAAAGCGCUCGAAACAGGACCAACAGUGGCGUGAAGAGUCUGACUUUGGAGAUGAUUCCGACAAUGACCUCGAUGAUGCGGAAUACGCCGAGGAUACUGAAAUCAUCUCGAUGGAAGCUGCAGAGCUGCGCCUCAAAACUCUCAAGGCCAAGAAAAAGGCUCUCAAAGAACAGGGCUCGGACUUGGAGAGAAGAGCUAAGGGUGUCCGCAAGCAACUGAGAGAGACCAGACAUGAAUGCGAACACAUGAAAGCACUUAUCAAGAGCGCUUGUAUUCAGUUUCGGAAUAAUUAUUCCCGGCCAGUGAUCCAACAGCAGUUCGCGGAAGGUAUCCGAGAGCUUGACCAGGAGAACGCAGCAAUGCAAGAUGAGGAGAAUUUCGACCCUUCGUUCGAGGCCAGGGAUUACACAGAGGUUGCAGCACGGCUCCCAGUGUUCUGUGUCUCGAGCCGCGCCUAUCUAAAGAUGGCGGGCAUGCUGAAGAAAGACGAACCCACAACGGGAUUCCUCUCCAUCGGAGAAACACAGAUACCUGCUCUCCAGGAGCACGCAAUGAAUAUCGUUGCAGAGACUCAGGCUGCAGGCUGUCGCCAGUUUUUGACCGACCUUUCAAGCUUCAUCAUCUCCUUGAUCGUGCAGAUCAUCAUCGCUGAGAAACCGCUGAAGCUUGCUGAUGACAUGAAAGAGAAAGAGCUUGCCUUUCUCAAGGAAGCCUUGGCGAAGCUGACCAAGAAACUACAUUCCAAGGUCGACGAAAGUUUUGACGGCUUCGAAAAGGCCAUCAAGUCUUAUAUUGUCGACAAAUUUGAGUCCUCAGCUCGAAUCGCCACGGACAGGGCGACCGAAACUGCCAAAACCUGGGGACAAUUGCGAGAUCAAGAUGGCAGACGUGGGCUUGUAUUCUUGACCUACCGCGCAACCUGCCUCAGGGACGGCGUUUUCAAAGCCGCCAGAGGCCCCCUUGACUGGAACCAGGAGCUAUGCGACCCGAUUGAGAAGCGAAUUGCUCCCAAUUGGGAACAUGUAUUCAGCAGAACGCUUCCGCGUGGUAUAAAACAACUGGGAAAAGAGCUAGCGAAGUCACUUGAGGACUUCGAGGGUCGGAUGCACGAGCGGCAGCAGCUGCGAGACUCGCCUUCGUAUGAUCUGGUACGGAACCAGACGAAGACUGUGGCUGAGAACCUGAAAGACACUAUUUCUUUGAGGGGCAAGACGUCCCUCAAAACUGGCCAGAAAAACGCCAUUCGGCUACUUAAACCUGCUGUUGCGGAUAUGAUGAGAGGGCAGUACCAGGCAUGCAGCCAGGAGAGUGGUCUUGGUAGUUACAAGAGAAUGAAGGAUUCUAUGGAGGAGUUCAUUCAGACCGUGGCCCAGCACAUGUUUAAAGCGGCCACAGACCUUGUUGGCGACCGUAUUCACAAGACACUGGAAGAAAUUCGCUCUGACGUGGAUGAACAAGUCAACAGCGUUGUUGCGCGUGUCGAUGACGACUACAAAUCCCUCGUUUUGGAUCGGAAUCUCUUCAAAGCUCUCGAGUCGUCUCGCAGAGUUAUAAAAGAGAUUUUAGAAACAGCAGACAAUCGCUUCAAGGCCGCGACACAGGAUCCUCAGUCAGAUAACAACCAAGCUAUCGAACCUUAUCGUGGGCGUCUUCCUGACGCGGAUCCGUCUACACCAAGCAGAAGAUCGCGGAUGGCUGAUAUGAUGCAUCAAUCGCCGUUUUCUCCAACGACCCCUGCGCAACAAAACUCCCCUAGCGGACUUACGUUUUCAGGCGGAGUGUCGAGACUGACAUUGGCAUCACCGGCAGCGUCUGUCGAUGCCGCAUCCACUCCUAUCAAGAAGGAGAGAGAGUAA